CCCACGAAACCGCAUCCUUCUUCCCCAUCGAUCCUAUCCCUCCCCUCCCCUCUCCUCUCCCUGGCCAUACCCAAGAACACACCACUUCGGCACUUCCCAUCUCAACUCCUCCGGUCCGGCCGCUAUGGCCGCUCCAAGAUUUCUCGCCAUCAUCCUCGUAGCGGCUCUCCUCGCGCUUUCCUUCUCGCAAGGGGCGGUGUUGGUGGUGGAGGGCAGGAAGGUGCAGGUGAUGAGGGCGGUGGGGCGGUGGCGCUCGCCCCUCCGCGGCGUCCGGUUGCAGGAGCAGCAGGAGGGCGGCGGGAUGGUGUCGACGGUGAUGGACUACUCGGAACCCAAGGCCAACACCAACCCCCACGGCAGCGUGCCCGCCGCGCCGGAGGACCCCACAUCGCCGCCGUGGCACUGAUCGAUCGACGCAUUUGCGUGUAAAAGACGAAGAAUUGUAUGUCUACCGGCGGUAAAUCUUAAUGACUUGGUUAAUCUGGAGAAUUGUAUGUAUACUGCUUAUGUUUUGAGUUUUGAUCCCCCGUUCUGUACGGCCCCCCUCCUCCUCUGCAUGCUGGCCAUCUGUACAACCCAUACAUCCAUGUGUGCUUUGCAAUAAAAUCAUCAACAUUGUGCCA